AGCAACAGCCUCAGCGAACGCAAUGAGCUCCUCCCCGGCGAGCCCUUCCUCAGUAAACAUGGCAUUCCCCGGGCAGGCCACGCCCACUCCUGGCUCUCCGCAGUCCUGAGAAUGGGCUCUGCCAGGAAUGGAUACCGCGAGCGGCUGGUCCUGGCGGUGGAUGUGGGCAGCACUGUCCUGCGGUGCCAUGUGUACAACCCGGCGGGCCAGAUCGUGGGCAGCGCUGAGGAUAAGAUUAAUGUGCUGUAUCCUCGUCAUGGAUGUGUGGAGUUAGACCAUGAAAUAUUAUGGCAACAAUUUGUUGCUGUAGUGAGGGAAUCUAUCAAAGAUGCUGGAAUCCAGAUUAACCAGGUGGCCAGUCUUGGAAUUUCAACCCAGAGAGCAACAUUCAUCAAUUGGAAUAAGAAAACUGGAGAACCAUUUCAUAACUUCAUUAGCUGGCAGGAUCUGCGGGCCGCUGAUCUGGUUAAGUCCUGGAACAGCUCCUUGACACUAAAGGCAGUUCAUGGAUCCUGUAGAUGCCUGCAUUUCUUCACGCGUAGGAAACGAUUCCUAGCUGCAAGCCUGAUAAACUUUACCACUCAGCACGUAUCUCUGCGCUUAGCCUGGAUCUUACAGAACAUGCCAGAGGUAAAGCAGGCCGCUGAAGAAGAAAACUGUUGUUUUGGUACCAUCGAUACCUGGCUGCUGUAUAAACUCACAAAUGGUUCUGUUCAUGCAACAGACUAUUCAAAUGCAAGCACCACGGGAGUUUUUGAUCCAUAUCUGAUGAGUUGGAGCUCUUUCCUCUGUUCGUUGCUGUCCAUCCCAAUAUCUAUAUUCCCCCCUGUUCACGAUACAAGUCAUAGUUUUGGCCUUGUGGAUCCCAGUAUAUUUGGGGCUCCCAUACCUAUCCGUGCAUUGGUAGCUGACCAGCAAGCUGCUAUGUUUGGACAGUGCUGCUUUAAUAUGGGAGAUGUGAAAUUAACAAUGGGAACUGGAACAUUUAUGUGCAUUAAUACUGGAAAUACCCUGCAUACGUCUAUCGCAGGUUUAUAUCCACUGAUUGGCUGGAAGAUUGGCGAGGAGUUGGUGUGUUUAGCAGAAGGCAAUGCCUCGGAUACUGGCACAGCAAUUAAAUGGGCACAGGAACUAAACCUUUUCACAGACUUUGAAGACACAGAACAAAUGGCUAAAAGCGUGCCGGACUGUGGAGGAAUUUACUUUGUACCGUCUUUUACAGGCUUACAGGCUCCAGUGAAUGAUCCGUAUGCAUGUGCCUCAUUCAUGGGACUAAAGCCUUCAACCAGCAAGAGCCAUCUGGUCCGAGCCAUCCUGGAGUCUGUGGCAUUUAGGAACAAGCAGUUGUACGAUACAGUUUUAAGAGAGACCUCCAUUCCCAUCUCACAUAUCAGGGCAGACGGAGGGGUCAGUAAUAACAGCUUUGUGAUGCAGAUGACAGCCGAUUUAUUUGGGCAAACUAUCGAUAAACCCAAACACACAGACAUGUCUUCUCUUGGAGCUGCUUUUCUAGCUGGCUUAGCAGUGGGUGUAUGGUCCAACAAAGACGAAUUGAAGAAACUCCGACAAUCUGAUGCCCUGUUUAAACCGCAGGGUAACUGGGCAGACUAUGAGCCAUCUAUGAACAGCUGGGAGCUGGCACUGCAGAGGUGUUCAAACUGGUAUAAUGACAUUUAGCAGAAAGUAAGCCAAAUAAUAUAGCCUUAUCAUAGCUCCGAGAGACUGCGGCGUACGGAAAAGCCACUUCUGAGAAUUCAGGUUACACUGAUAAUUGUGUGCUGUACUUAGGAAUAGCCAGCUGUAUCCAGUCUAGGGUUAGGUUGGAACUAGAUUGCAAAAAAACAUUUUUCUCAUAUGAAAAAUGGGGAAACUCGUUUCACGAAUCACACACCUUUUCAUCUGUCAUAGGAAUGCAUUUCAAAUGAUGCAGCCUGAAAUCGUUAGUACUGUUCAGUGCUGCUAAUAUUUACCCAUGCCUUAAUACAAGCUGCUAUAUUGUCACUUCAUCUCUUUGGGGAAAAUACACUAGCCUUUUGAUGAGUAAACUGUGAAACACUUGCUACAUGAUGUAAUGUAUAAGGCGGAGCAGUAAUUAUGACAAAAGGAGAGCGACCUUGUGAUGAUCAAGAGAUGGUAUUAUGAAUUCUGCCUGGGCUCAAUGAACGCUGUAUGUCUGUUAUAACUGAGAGACUGGCUCCAAUUAUCUCAUCUUGGACAGAGGUAAUUACUGAAAGUGUAAAUGCUCAAUAUCUCAGUUACCACAUUUCCAGUGAUGUCUUGACAUUGUGCAAACAUACUUUUUUUUUUUAUAAAUAAUUCAGUUUUUUUAUAGAUUCCCACAUUAAUGAAAUGCUACUAUAGAGUUUAGCAUUAACCAAUAUAAGCGAGUUAGUAUUUUUUUUUUUUUAUUGAAAUACUGUUUUAUAUCUUGCAAAGCUAAUUGCAGCAUCCAAAUAUUUUAUCACUUUUACCUUGAGACAAACAUAUAUGUUAUUGUGUAGUUUCCCUUGACCUCAGAGAAAGCUAGUGGGGAUGUACUUUAUAUCUCUUGAUCGUAAAUGUAUGGAUCAACCUAUAGCUAAAUAUUUUAGUUCACACUUCACUGUGAUUUUAUAGAGAUUUUAAGCUAUGUCGUGCCCUUGGAUGGAUCAAAUGCCAAUCCACAGUGCAAGUGGUACAUUGUGUUCGUGCCAGCCAUUCACCACCACUCAAAUGUCUCUUAAUUGUAUAAUUGUAUUUAUCA